GGGGUUUGAAUUUGGUACUAUGGGUUGCAUGCAUGAAUGGUGGCAAAAUUGGAUGAGGGGCAAAUCCAAGAUGGCAAUUGCGGUUGGGAAAUUGGCUGUAGGAAAGCACGGGUGGAUGAUUGGGGGAAAAUGGGCCGAUUGGGGGAAAUAAUGGGAGAGAGGGGUAAUUUUGGUUGGGAAAUUGCCAUGGGCAAUUGUGGGUGGGGGGAAGAAGGGGCCAAUUGGGGAAAGAGGGGUAAUCCAAGAGCGAUUGUGAUUGGGCAAUUGCCAUUGGGGGAGUCUGGAGUGGGGGAUGAAAUGGGCCAAUUGGGAAAUUGGGGUAAAUCCAAGAUCAAUUGCAAUUGGGCAAAUGCCCUUGGGGAAACAAGAGUAUGGGACAAGGGAAAGAAUGGAAAUUGAGAAAAUUGUAAGAGUACUGGAAUGUUGUCUCUGAACCAAUCACGUUCAAUAUCAAAUAGCUCUUCGACCAUGAUCCUUUAGAGUUCAUUGUUUCCAUAUUUGAUCAAAUUUUGUAUGAUUUUGUUUGUCUAUAUAAAAUGGAGAUUUUUUUG